AGCGACGAAUCUCUGUUGUUGGGGCAAAUAAAGUGUCACAAAGGGAACAUAGAUGUAAUGUCAGACCCUACAGACUGUUUGAAAUCCUGUUGCAGUUCGUGAAACCUGUAUUGCGCCUGUAAAAACAGCAGUCACCUACCGGCCUGCCGACGUGGCGGGGCGGAAGAGGAGCCGCUGGCUGGCACCAAACGGAUCACCAUGUCCCAGACUGACCCUGACCCCUCUGCUGACAUGACCCCCCCACCCACCCAGCCCCCUCACACCGACCCUGGCUCCCAUCAGGAUGUCCCAGAAGCCCCUGCACUGCCCUCAGCCCCUCUGCAGCCUCCUUUGAUCCCUGAGAAUUUGGACCUCCCAAAGUCCACCGCUAAGGAGACGACCACGGAGGACACCCCCACUACAAUGUCCACUUCAGAGGGUCUAACUGACCAAUCAGAAGCAGCCGCUAAAGGUCAGGUGAUCGUAUGUGACCAACCAGUGAGCCUGGAGCCGGACGCUGAGGCUGCAGAGGAGGAUGUGGAGAGGUCACUUCAGGAGAAAGAAAAAGGUUGGGGAGGUUGGAGCUCAUGGGGAAAAUCUCUUCUGAGCAGUGCCACCUCCUCAGUCGGUCAGAGCCUGACCUCGGUUAAAACCAAGGCAGGAGAAGCUCUGCGUCUCCACAGGACCUCAGUAGGAGAGGAGGCGCGAGAAGAAGAGGAGGGAACUGAGGAGGAGGAGAAGAAAGAGGGAGGAGGUGAAAGUGGAGAAACUGACCUGUCCAGCUCUGGGGAGUCCUCUGUUAGUGCUGCAGCUCCUGGCAGGGGUGUCCUCUCUACCAUCACACACGCCGUGCAGAACACAGGUAAGUCAGUGAUCAGUGGAGGUUUGGACGCCUUGGAGUUCAUUGGAAAGAAAACCAUGACCGUUCUUGCCGAGAGUGACCCGGGUUUCAAAAAGACCAAGGUUCUGAUGCAGAAGACUGCAUCUCUGAGUCAGAUGUUGAAAGAAGCCAAAGAGAAAGAGCGGGCACGUCUGGGCAACCAGCCAAUCAGCGCGCCCACUGCUCACUACGGCAUUCUGUUUGACGACUACCAGGGCCUGUCACACCUGGAGGCCCUGGAGAUCCUGUCCAAUGAGAGCGAGGCCAAGGUCCAGGCCUUCCUUUCCUCCCUGUCUGAAGAGGAGCAGGAGGAGGUGAAGAAGGAGCUGAUUUUCAUUAAGAACAUCUUCAUCAAGAGAGAGGAAGAGAAGGAAGGAGAGGAGGAGGGAAAUGAAGAAGGAGGAGGAGGACAGACGAAGGAUAACGGUGAUCUAAGUUCCCAAUUACACUGUUCUACCCCCCUAUCGGCUGACGGCGAGGAGUUUGUUAGCAUUCUCACUGAGCUGCUGUUUGAGCUUCAUGUCGCUGCAACACCUGAUAAACUCAACAAGGCUCGGAUGAGGGCCCAUGAUUGGGUGAGCGAUGUGGAACAGCCUGUCACUACGGAGACGGUUGGCAAGGAAACACAGGACCAGCCGGCAGGAGAGGCCUCACCUGGAGAGAACGAUAAGGAGGAGAAGAGGGAAAACGGAGAGGAGCAGGGGGAGAAGGCCCAGGGGGAGGAGGCAAAGGGAGGAGAGGAAGAAGAGAAGGAGAAAGAGAAGGACCCCAGAUCUGUAGAGGCUGUCUACCUGUCAUCAGUGGGCAGUCUGGCAGAGGUGACGGCCCGCAGUAUCGAGCAGCUCCACAAGGUGGCAGAGCUCAUCCUCCAUGGCCAGGACCUUGAGAAACCAGCCAGAGACCAGGCACACAUCCUCACCAGGUUGACAUGUGCCAUGUGUAAGGAGGUGGAGUGUUUGGCCAAGAAGUUCUCUGAUAUGCUGCUUCUUGUCGGGGGCCAGAGAAAAGCAGAAGAGUUGAAUCCGCUAGUAGACAGUGUGCUGCUCGAGGGCUCCAACAGUACCAACUACAUAGAGAAUGCAUUGCAGCUGCUGCUGCCCGUCCUGCAGAUCUCUCACAUCCAAAGCCAGCACUGUCAGCCCACCACAGAACCAGCAGCACAGACUCAGCAUUAACACACACGCACACACACACACACACACACACACACACGCUACCUGCUCACCUGCUUGUCUUAAUGUAUCUAUUGUUGUACAGUAAAGAAAAUAGAUGAUUCCAGAUGAAGUGCUUAAAUCCACAUAAAGUGCCAUGGCAACAGGCAGAAGAUGUUUUAUAUAUAAACAUAAUAUAAUCUUGAAAAUAACAGUUUAACAAACAGAUAAUGUACGUUUAAUUACCCACAACGCAGCUUGUAUGUGUGCCUUCUCCAUGUCGCAUCUCUGAAUGUCGUUUUGUCUCAGUUGACAUUAUGCUUUGAGGAACCAAACUGUGUUUAGAGCUGAUCUGAGAUCAGCUGUGACUCACUCCAUCUGACAGACAAAGAUGUUCCUGAAUUGUUUCCCAAAGCUGAACCAAAAAUGACUGAUCGUGUUGAAGGGACUUGACUUUAAUGUAUAUUAAGCAUUCUUUGCACUCCUCAUGGUCUAUUGUUAUUUUAAAAGAAAGAGCAAAGACUAACACUAGUAAAAUAUUUUAAUCUGGUUUGAGACAAAAUGCCAGUGUUAUUGAUUAUACACAUCCAUUUUUUUUCUAGUUUUUUUAUAUUAAAUUAUGGGAAGUAACGCUACUUUAUAAUUCACUCUUAUUAAGUUUGUUUUGAUUGACAAAUCUGAUCUUUAUACUUUGAGUUAAAAAAAGAUUAGUUCUCCUUCUCCAUUCAUGUGUACAUUUAAGAUGUAAUGUAGGUGAAUCCAUCUCUCAUCAUGUUUUGUUGUGCUGCUACACUUUAAUAGUAUAGUUUGAUUUUUUAAAAUUUUAUCUUAAAGGGAUAGUCCAGAUUUUUUGAAGUGGUUGUUGUAUUGUAUGGGGUACUUUUUCUAUUUUCACUUUAUAACAUACAGUAGAUAUCAGUCAGUACACCAGUUUGGAGAAGCACACUGGGAUGCCGACACAGAAGCUACACUAUGUGCUUCUGUGGAUGGGGUCCGCAACAAAAUGUAUUUUAGCUACCUAAAAAAAGGUCCCACCUAAAAACAUCAGUAUCAGUUUAUGUACCCUAUAUUGAGAUUUGUUUUUGUCAUUUUACCUUUCUAUCAGACAGACUUUUCCCACAGAAAGCCAUAAUUACACUCUCAUAAAAGCCACCAGACUCCAUUGACAAAAACAGUCAUUUUAGCUCUCUGAACACACGAGCUACAUGUCUACUGCUGCUUCGAUCGGUUAGUUAGUUUGUGCCAUUGUGUUAAUUUAGUGAAUGCAAACUCACCCUUUCAAUUGACAAAGUCACAUAAUGACAAAAACAAACAAACCAAUAGAGGCAGCGGCAGACCAGCAGCUCCAGUAUUAAGCAAUGUUAAAUCACUGCUUUUCUCAAUGAAGUCUGGCUUUGAAGAAAGCAACACAAUGGCUUAAUUUUCCUGUUGAAAAUCACUGUCUGACAUUAAGGUAAAGCUGUGAAAAUAUUGUAAAUACAACAUACAUUUAAACCGAUAUUUAUUUUUUUUUAAGUGGGAUUUUUUUCCUAGGUGGCUAAAAUCUGUUUAUUUGUUCUGAACUGCAGAGGGACUGUGGAAUUAUUGCUAAACUAUAAUCUGGUUUGGUUGCAUCUAUUGGUAACAUUUAUGUUUUAAACUGUAUAUGUUCUCUUUUUAAUUAAAUAAAUAAAUAAUGAUAAUAAUGUUUUCUUGGUGACAUCUACUGUAUGUUAUAUACCCCAUAUAACCACCACUCCGAAAUAUCUCUUCAAUUGCGUUCUUGCUGAUGAGAACAUAGAUUACACUAGUAACAGAGGUUGGCAUUGAUCCUCUCAUCUAACUCUUGACAAGAAUGAAAAUGAUUUUCCAAAAUGUUAAACUAUUUCUUUAACAAAAACUUGACGUCAUGCCCUCUGUUGGAUCAUCUGAACACCUAGAAGAACGCAUUAGCCGAAACAUUUUAUUUCCUCUUAAAUAACGGCAUUAAAUACUAUUUUUGCCAGGCUCUAGAUUUAUUCUCCAUGCUCCCCAGAGUUAUACAUCUCAGCCAUUUUCCACCUUAUUAUUUCCUCCCUUUUCUUCGACCACCUGUAGAUUUUCAGCAGCAGUCCCGAGGUGCUCACAGUGCAUCUGUGUUUUCAAUAUCCAGUGUUAAAUUGGCUGAGCUUCCAGCCAGCAGAUCUCUGGAAGAGAUAAAGUACUCUCUUCGCCUCCUGCCUCCUCCCUUUUAGAGACACAUUGAUGCAGGCAGGAGAGAUAUUAAGCAAAGAAAAUAUUAGUCUCUCUGUCGUAAUGGUUUGGCUCCAUUCAGCCAUAUCCAGAUGGAAUACAGCCGUUUAUCAGCUGUGUUUCUGUCUCAGAAUACAAAAUGGUUUGUAAUGAGAAACGUUUGGAGGCAAGUCAUUUAUUAAGGUUUGGACAGUUUACUAAUAUAUUAGGAUUCCAUUUUAAUGAAGUGCCCUAUGACUGUUUGAGGAUAAGAUGUUGAAAAUAAACAAGAUUUAACCAUC